CGCAGAGCUUACUACCCGCGUCCAGUUGCAGGAGGCUGAGCCUCGGCGCCAUCAGCAAUGUUUGCAUGGCAGUAUGGCAACACAACAACGUGCGUGGGUUCCACAAAUGACUGGAUGUACAGAGUGGCUCAGCCAUUGUACGAGUUGUGCGAGCACUACGUCAGGGUCGGCCUAAUAAAUACGAGAGUGCUUCCACGCCGUCUGACUUGACGUCCUUGGAUAUAUCUACCAACUUCUCUGUAGCUCCAUCUUCUCUAACAAAUUUCGGAACAUUUGCAAUAUAAUUAUCAAGUCCCGCGCUGAAAACUAAAACAAAGAGAGCAAUUCAACCGCCAUGCUCCUCACAAAACUCACCCUCCUCUCCGUUCUCAUCUCCCUCACUCACGCAGGGCCUGUGCAAGCCCUCUCAGCCGCUCUACCACCCCGUCAAAGCCCAAGCUUCAAGAACACAAAUGGGAUUGUCAUAAUGUGCACGGAAGCCAACUGGAAAGGAGAAUGCAUCACCCUCUCCGUCCCAACAGACGACACCUGCGUUCAGCUUCAAGCUCCAUUUCUUUACAACGUCUCGGCAAUUGAGCCUGCAUUCGGCACAGUGUGCUGGCGCUAUACAAGCGCAAACUGCAGCGACAUCUGCACGUCUCCCUCAGGCUGCGACAUGAUUGUCCAGUUCCCCGGCAUCGCGGACCUGAAAACGGAUAACAAUUGGGACAAGAAGAUUGGGAGUCUUGAGUGUGAGCCGGAUUUCAACGCGCUUGGGUUGUGAGAGACAACCAAAGAACUGAGGCAAAUUGGACGGAAAUCAAGCUUUCAGGUAUCGAAGCUGGGGGAAGGCAAGCCAAAUUUAAAGUAACAAUUUAAUGACUAUUAUUUUCUAAAGCGGAUCCGCCAUUCUCCCGGCAGCCGUUGGAACAUUCACG